AUGGGAUCAUGCUGCACUGGUUCUUAAGGAUAGGAGAAGAAUUGUCAAAUCAUCUUAUAAACAUAAAUACAAAAUACUAUAAUAUCCGAUUAUGAUAUUAAAUAUCAUAAACAAAUUUAAUUCAUCUAAGGUAGGAUUGUGAACUAUAUUUAAGCAUGUGCUAGAGGAUAUCUUGUAAGGAAAAGAUAUUAAAAUCUAAUAUAAAAGUUGAAGAAAGAGAAAAUACUAUCAAAAGAAUAAAACAAUUAUUCUAAUGAGUUAAGUUUCAAAGACACCUUUCCAUUUCAAGACACUAAACAUACUUAAAUGACUAAAAAUCAACACUAAUAAUUAUAUCAAGUUAAGAAAUUACCAAAAGUACCUGACUAUUUAAGCAAUAGAGUUAAUAAGGUAAUAUGACAUUUUACUUUAAUUGAAAGAUUCUGUUAUUAUAUACAAAUUUUAAAUAUGACAGUGAAGAAGAUAACAAAUUUAAUUUUCCAAUAUAUUAACUAGAUGAUGGUUCUAUUUAUCAUGGACAAUGGAAAAAUGGGUAAGAAAACUUAUUAUUCAGUCUUAGACAUGGUUGUGGAAAGUAAUAUUGGCAAAAUGGUACCUUUUACGAAGGAUAUUGGGCAUUUAAUAUGUUUGAUGGUAGAGGUAGAUUGGUUCAUAGUGAUGGCAAUAUUUAUGAAGGAGAAUUCAAAAAUGAUAAAGCUUCUGGAAAAGUAUUUUAAUUAUUCAUUUUUAGGGAGUAUAUUAUAGUAUUGAUGGAUUAAAAUAUGUAGGAGAAUGGGAAAAUGAUGUAUAAAAUGGUUUAGGAAUGGAGAUAUGGCAUGAUGGCACUACUUAUAAUGGAGAAUAUAAAAAUGGACUAAAAAAUGGAUAAGGAGUAUUUAAAUGGUCAGAUGGAUCAGUUUAUACUGGAUAAUUCAUUGAUGGUAAUCUUGAAGGACUAGGGUAAUUUAAAUGGGAAGAUGGUAGAAUUUAUGAAGGAUAUUGGAAGAACAAUUGUAUGCAUGGAAAUGGAGUAAAUUUUAUUUUUAAUUUCUAGUAAUUUAGAUGGCCAGAUGGAAGGAAAUAUGAGGGAUAAUAUAAUAAUGGUAUUAAAGAAGGAGUAGGUCAAUUUGAGUGGCCUGAUGGUAGAGUAAUAAUAAAAAUCUUUAUUGUUUUAGCUCUACAAAGGAGAUUGGCAAAAUAAUAAAUAAAAUGGCAUUGGGAUUUAUUUAGGAUACAACGGAAUCGAAAAAGAAGGAGAAUGGGCUGAUGGGAAACUUGUAAGAUGGAAUAAAGGUAAAGCCAGAAUGUCUAUAAUCUGA